AUGGCCAGCACCCUGCAGCCCGCACAGACCCUGCUGCCCACAGUACGGAAAUACAUGUACAGGUGUGAAUGGGGCAUGGGCACAAAAACGGCUGCCAUAUGGGGAGGGGAGGAACAAGGAAAGAGCAUGCGCUUGGCUUUUCUUGUUUCUGGUGUGUGCAUGCUAGUGCCAAUAAAUGGGGGUAGAUCUGAGAGUACGACCCCUCUGUUUCCUUCCACCAGGACGUGCCUGCACUGGGCCUGCAAGCGGAACCAUGCCCAGGUGGUGGCAUGUCUGCUGGCUGCUGGCGCGGACAAGCAGAUCCUCACGACCACCGGGGAGCUGGCUGUGCAGUUAACUUCGAAACCAGACAUCCGGAAGAUUUUGGGAGAGGAAGACAAUGAAUGUCAAGGAGCGAAAGAUUUACAUUUGCCAGUUGUUGCAAACUAUUUGGCCAACCCACCAUUCCCUUAUGUCUAUACUGAAGCAAGCAUUCCAGACAGCUUGGCAGAAUCCCAGAAUGAAAGUGCUUCCAUCUCUUCCGCUUCCCAGAGUGAAACUAGUCCUUGUUCAUCAGCAACUCAGGUUGAGAGCAUAUGCACACCUACGUCGUGUAACAGUGACGAUGAUUUUCCUGCGCCAGAUGCUGAACAGCUGCCCAGCCCGUCAGCACCUACCCCAGCACCAACAUGCGUAACACCCGAAGUACAGAACGGCCCCGUUUGUCAGCCACCCUUGUCUCACAGCAGAGGUUUGUUUUGCCCCGUAGCAUCGAAUGAGGCCGUACCUCAGCAAACCGACAGUUCGCCUACUGGUCCUGCACCACCGUUUCAGCCCUUUUUCUUUACUGGAACUUUCCCGUAUAACAUGCAAGAGCUUGUACUUAAGGUGAGAGUCCAGAAUCUCAGAGACAACGACUUCAUUGAAAUUGAGCUAGACAGACAAGAACUGACUUAUCAAGAUCUGCUCAGAGUGAGUUGCUGUGAAUUGGGUGUAAAUCCUGAACAAGUAGAGAAGAUAAGAAAAUUACCUAAUACACUGGUGAGAAAGGACAAGGACGUGGCCAGACUUCAGGACUUCCAAGAGCUGGAGUUAGUUCUUGUGAAAAGUGACAGCUCUCCCUUCAGAAAUGCUGCAUCAACCUUGACUGAGAGACCAUGCUACAACAGUAGAGCAUCAAAGCUGACUUACUGAGUCUUCUAGAUGCGUUCUAGAAUACAAAAACCUGGUAAUUAUAUGCUGCUGCCUUUUGAAGGCAGAGAAGUAAGCAUAUAUAAAACCUUAAGUUAUUGUUAGGGUUAAUAUUUUAACUAAUAAUUUAUCUUUGAUAUUUAAUAACCCCUUUGCUUUUUUUUACUUGAUACUGUAUUCAGAUAAAGGAUACCUCAUAUGUCUACUAAAAUCACAUGUUUCCAGUGCCAUUCAAUUCAGUUUAUUGAUUUUAUUUGGCAACAGAGGGCAGCAAAGACUGAACUGUUGAGGCAAAAGUAUGUUGAGUAUUCCCACUCUGACCAAGUAAGAGUCACAGAAAAGAUAUUCAGGAAAUAGCAUGUGUAUGUAUGUGCUGUUGAACUUCCUGCUUAAGUUACAAUUCAGAGGUACAAUGAAUGGCUGCUCUCUAAAAAUGUAGGAUUCCUUAAUCUUUUCCCCCUUCACAAAGUCUUACCAAGAUGCUAUUGUUUUCUUUCCACUUCUCUGCAAAAUUAUAAGUGUAUUGAAUGUCGCUUAAAUACCAGAUGAAUAGCGAGCAGUGUUUUUUGAAUUUGAGAAGCGUUUUUCACAUUUAUGUUUAGGCCCAGGACUCCAGUGCAAUAGUAAUGAGGACAACAAGCAUUCUGCAUUUAUAAGACCUGACUGUGCAGCAGGCAGUUACUUCAACUGCCCUGUGCAAGCCAACUCCAUAGGCACCUGCACUUGAAGCACAGCUGUACCUCAAGUGUAAUGCUAUUUAAAGAAGUCUUUGGUUCCCACAGCAGUGUGGUGCUGGCCAUGCUGCUUUUAGACACAAGCUGGUACAUAUGAAAGGUACUGCAUACAGACUGUGCUAGCUUCCAACACCACACCAUACUGCAGUGUGGGACGUAGACACAGCCUUUCUCUCCUCCACCUAAACGCAGUUCGGUAGUAUGACACCACUGCAUCUACCUUAUGAGGCUAGAAGUAUUUAAUGCUCUCAGGUGGUGGGUGAAAAACUGUUACUAGCCUGAAAAUAAGAAUAGGGAGGUAAGACUGCCCACAUUUAAAUACUUGUUUCUUUCCCUUAUAAGAAUAUUGUAACUUAAGUGAGGGCAUCCCUUUGGUGCCACAAAAUAUAAAAAACAUUUUUCAUUAAGAAAUAUUUUAAGUUACAAAGCAAGUUAACACGCCUAUUCAAAAGAAAGCCCUUAUGUUUCAGAUGGUAGAGAGGGCAUCAUAAAGCUAUGGCCUUUGUUUUUAUUUUCCCAACCAUUUGAGGAGACUAUACAUUAGACAAACUAAAAGCCAGUACUGUCAAGUAGCUUCUCUAUAGCCCAGCCUCAAAGACCAGUUACAAGGUGCAUGGUUAGCUUCUGCUGUGUGAGGAACAGGAGAAGCACAACAGUAUACUUUUGAGGUAUGACAACUCUAAGGUGCACCGCACCCUAUGCUCCCAAUUAGCCAUACAAAAUGGGAAACAUAGACAAUUGGUAAAUAACCUGCAUCUUUACCAUCACUUUUAAACAGUGUCAGAAGUGUUAGGCAGACUAUUACCUAAAAGCCUGAAGGCCUCUAAGUGUUUUCAUGGUUUUGGGGUGAAGGGAGAGAAAACUGGCUAAGAUGAGGACUGCUUUAGCUAGCACUGAAGCAAGUAAGUAAUGAAAAAAAUCUUAAAACCACAGACAGAUGGCAGAAGUCAUCAUUAAAACACACCUUGUCAGAGUCACUCCUUUUCAGUCCAAGUUUUCAUUAAGAUGGUUAACUUGCAGUAUGCUGAAAUAUUAACAGCCUGAAGCUUUUCAACCUAAUGCCAGUAUAAUGGAGAGUUAAGAAGCUUUUUGUUUUCUCUUAUACCAAAAAACUAACGCAACAACCUUUACACCAAACAUGUUAAAAGAGUUAUGCGGAGUAGAGUUAUUUUUUCUGAACCUGAGGUUUUGUUUUUUUUAUUUGAUACUGAUUUUCCUUCAAUCUCUGCUUUAUUAAGCUGCAUUAGAACAGAUUCUUCAUGCACAGCUGGCAGUGUUAGUUGUUGAUCUGGAUUGCAGUGUUGACAUUCAGACCAUAAAUAGUACAAUCAACAUGUUUUGGUAGGAGCAGCGUGGCUGCCACAAUUUCUUAGCUUUCUGCGGCACAGCUGAUUUAUCAUUGAAGCAGCUCCUCCAAGGGAGGUUAGUAAAAGCACACAUUUUGGAAAAGUACAGAAACCCCUUUUGCCAGCAGAUAAGAUGCUCGAGUCUGGGUUCAGGCUUUCCAUUAAGUUACUCAGGCUUAAAAUUCUUGCUUUAGUGGAUUGAAAAUAAUUACCAUCCUUUCGCACCUGCUCCAUAUUACAAGAAAUGGAGCUUAACAUCUUUUCACUUACUCUAAGUCCUUCUUUGUCCAAGAGCUGGGCUACUUUAAAGCCCGGUUCAGCUGCUGGUAAGAUAAAAGGUAUGACACAACAUGAAGUAGAAAUACCUAACUAUUUCUCAUUUUGUUUUUCUUGUAGGACAGGAAAGGAGCUUUUAUCUUAACAUCUAUGUAUUCAUCUUUUCAAUGUAGCUUGGAGGCUAGUUCAGAAGAUGUGCAAUAACUGUUUGAAAACCAGUACAAUAACUUUUAUUCUCAACCAUUUAACUGUAUCUAAUUUCUUUUCAGUUCCUGUAUUUAGAACAUCAGUGUAAAGACUGCCUCCACUAAUUAAUGAACGUUCAGCUAUAGGAGCAGCUGGUUUAAAAAAGCUUUAUUUGCACUAGUUUCCACAAAGAAUAGCUGUUAAUGUGAUUAGACUAAAACUUUAUUUAUGAUUUGACUGUAAUAAUAGUAAGUCUAUGCAUUUCAGAGAAAUAUUUUUAUAUGUUUUAUGCAGUUUGAUAGACUCUAAGGCACACUAGGUAAGUUUCAUUGUUGUUUGGUUUUCUUUGGACAAUAAAUGGUUGGUAAUAACAACUGAAACUAAGUUUACAAAACUUACUGUUCUUCCAAGGACAACUUUUGUUUGCACUACAAACUGAUACUGAACUGACAUUGCUGUUCUUCAGUUCUAUUAAAAUAUUGGUUGUUUAAAGUA